CGACUGGAACUCUUUCUUCUUUCUCCCUCAUCUGAAAUUCUCUAUUCUGCCUCAUCUCAACCCAGAUAUGCCGUCUACAAUCCCUUAAGGCCUCCCAUAAUACCGUUCUUGUUUCAUCAUCAUAAGACUGGUAUCUUGAAGCCCUUUAUGAUGGGUGAACAAUCAUCAAAAGAGCCUACCAUGAAUGCUGUGCCUACUAAGAAUGUGCCUGUUGAGAAUGUUGUGUCUGCUGAGAAUUUGAUUGCUAAGAAUGUUGUUAAAGAACCAAAACUUCAGCUUGGUCAGGAAUUUGAAUCAAUUGAGGUGGCCUAUUACUAUUACAAUGAUAUAUACACAAAAGCUAUUGGUUUUAGUGUGAGAAUGGGUUCAAAUAAGAAAAGUAAGGUGACAGGGGAAAUUAUUUGGAAACAGUUCUUAACUUCUUAUGUUCCAAGGAAGGAAAAACAGAUGAGACAUAUGAGAACACAAGAAGGCAACAAUCGUCGACCAUGGAAGAAAGGAAUUGCGGAAUAAAACGUAUGGGUUGUAAGGCAAGGUUAAACAUCGUCUUUAACAAGGAAAAGAAAAACUAAUGUGUAAGUGGCUUUGAAGAGGCUCAU